GCCGUUCUGUAACUCCGUCGGCAGGACCGAGUGCGACAUGUCAACCGGUCUGAUCAUCCAGACUCAGAGAUGAGCACAGAGUGUAUCUACAGUAGAGACUGUCAGUGGGUCAUAGAGGGGGAGAAUGACUGAAUACAGUGAACAGUGUCUGUUCUUCAUCCCUGUACCGGACCUGAAGAAACUCUACAGUGUUUUUCUGUCAUUUCACAAUUUCUCAUCUCAAGCAGACGAAGGGGAGCUGAGGAACAGACAGGUGAAGACCUGCAGAGAGGUUUUACGCUUGCAUUCAGAUGUUAUUGCGUCCCCAGUGUUGGGCCGUUACGGUGGGAUCAGGGUUAUAAUGGCUAUAACGUUUUUCCAGAAAGGCGUCAUCCAGGCUUAUGCACAGAGUCACGGUUUACAGAUAGGUUCCCCUGAGAGAGUUCUGCCUAGCAUCCUGCAGCUGUGUCUGUCUUACUCCCUCACGGCUCGACUGGCCCCGAACUGGAACAGAGCAGGACGGUAUUUAAUCGCAGGCAAGGACUUCCUGUCUGAUGCUAGCAAGCGCAUUGCUGUUGUCUUAGAGCUGAGCGUGAAUGAGACCGAACUGUGUGUCAGCGUGGAGGCCAGCACUGUAAGACUUCCUCCUGUAAUGCUGAAAGACUUCGAUGUUCCGGCUCUUGUGAUCGAAAGAUUUCUGAAUAACAGAGAGACAGUCCUCCACACCAAAACACCAAAUAACUGGUGCUACGUUCUCCCAAGCAUGAAGAAAGGCCAGGUCAUCAGCAUCAGGCACAGACUGCCACCAGAGUGUCCUUUCCAGACUUAUGCUGAGCUUGGGAAUCACUGGAACAGCAUGUACGGCUACUAUCUGCCUCCACUGAAAGAGGAUGAGGUGGUAUACUGCAGCGUGUAUUUUAAACCUCUUGGAGAGAAACUUUUCACAUAUCCAUUGUGUUGUAUUCGCGUUCAGCCACUCCAGUGUUUUCCCAGAGUGAACCUGCAGGGGGCGCUCACAGCCUUUAUUUCAGAUGCCAGAAGCCUAAUGGAGAAUGUUUGUGGCUUUACAGCCCAAAUGACCAGCAAACCCUGCUAUUAUACCACCAAUCUGAGCAGACCUAGCUUACAGGACUCUGGGGCCUUGCCUGCUACCCUGACCUCCAAGAGCUCUAGCAGACUCGUGCUGACCCAGCUCCCUAAUGUCUUCCCUCCAGAGAGGGUGCCUCUUCAACAUUUAGAAUCUUCUCCAUGGCCCCUAAGUCAGCCUGUAGGUCAUAGUAAUAUCAGACAUCCCGCUACAACCAAUGGACACGGGAAUCCCAACCCCAUUUUGCAGUCAUCUCAUCGUCAUGGUGCUGAGACAUGCCAGUUCCCGUCAUCCUUCACCUCCCUCCCAUCGUUCUCCUUUUCCUCAUCUGUCUCUGCUAACCACGCUUUGCUUAGCAACACUCAACCUGCUACACAGAGACCCAAACUGGUGCCUAUCUUCACAAACAAGUCACUGAGCUGUCAUGUUAACAUCGCAAAGAUCCUGGCUGAGAAAAAAAACCAAGAAGUAACACAGUGUGCUCCUAGAGCAGCAGUUAACAGACGCUCCUGUUCUCCUUUAUCUUCCUCAUCAUCACUUCCUAGAGUGUCUCUGCCAUUUUUUAAGGACCGUAAAAGAGACCGCAACAACUGCACUACCGAUCCAACACAGACGCCCUUUCAGACACAACCUGCACCUGUGAUUGAGAUUAAAAAAACACGGGGAGAAGUAUUUGAGUCUCUCCCGAAGAAAGUCAGAGUCAUACAGGAAGUGGAUGUGGUGAAGUAUGCAAGAAGCAAUCAGCUGGCAAAGAUCAAUGUGGCAACUCUCCAGGCCUGGCUGAAGGGUCAAGGGAUCACUGUGCGUUCAAAGGACAAGAAGGAGGACCUAAUGUCAAAGGUCAUGCAGUGUUUGAGUGAACCAUGAGGCAGGGAGUCGCCGUCCAGACAACUCCUGCAGGUUUAGAGUUCCUCGCUCAGGUAAUCCACACCGGAGCAGAAGUCUAGUCUUUAGAGCUUUUCCCCUUAUGGCACUCGCACUGAGGAGAGAUUAACAUGAGCUGCCCAUGAGCCAUGUUGUGCUUUAGCUUUAGCACAGUGUUACGUUAGGCUAUGAGCAAAUAUAACUAGAUGUUAAAGACUUAACCGUGUGCUAAUUUAGGGAUAUUUCAAUGUCGAUGUUCUGUUUGAACUUGUUUAUUUUGUUUACUUUAUUGUACAGUUACGUAUAAAACAGCAGUUUUGGACAGGUCGAUAUUGUACCAUAUUGUGUUAUUAAAAAUAUAAAUUCAUAUAUGUUUCCCAUUUCUGUGCUGUUUUCAUCACUGGUUUCCUCCCUUUUUUUUAUUUAAUGAUCGUCUUUAAAUAUGUACUUUUAAUGAAAUCUAAUUUAACUUUGUAGUAUCACUAAGAUCCAGCCAGAAGUUUUAUAUCCAAAAGCACACAGAGAAUUUCAGAUGACUGCGGGUGCCGCGUGCCGCCACGCAUCCGAAGCGUUUACUGCAAGCAUGACAGAAAGCUCAGACGGCGGCUCAUCUCGCGGCAGCUCUAACGAGCAGCGGAGGAGUGUGACUGAAAUGGAAAUUGGCACAAGUCACUUUGAUGGCUAAUGAAGUGCGCUUUCAGAAAGUCCAACGUCAGCUAGCCUUUCUAGCACUUCUCACUAACCAAGAGCUAAUGACUGGUACAAAUCUUUUUCAGAGAACUACAUGGUGAAUUGAGUUCCUGAAAAAAGAUUACACUGGCUUUUCAUGUAAAUGUGGGGUUUUUCCUUGUCCUAGCUUUUAGGUAUUUUCUACAGUUUUUUAGAAUUCGAACCAUUUUUUCUGUGUCCAAAAUAUUUUUUAUAGUUUAUGGCUCUGACAGUGAAGUCUGUUUAUUUUUAAUGUUUGAGAUUAGCAUGGUUAUAUAUUUUUCAUGGAAAACAGAUUCAAAACAGUUUACAUCCAGGGCACAUGGGAGCUUUUUUUAAUCCUUUAUCAUUUAUCCUCAGCUACAGUAUGUGAAUUUUACCUGAGCGACCCUCUUUGACACGGCGUUGAAGGGCAAAAUGUUUUUGUUCGUUAUUUCAAGCUCUUCUGUCUCCUGUUUGAGUGAUGGAUCUUCAGAAACAUCAUUUAAACAGCAUUCGCCACAGGGCUCAUAUAGACAUUCCUCUAUCUGAAGCAUGCAGAAUCAUGCUCCAGCUUUUUCCUGUUCAGACCUCUGGGUAACUACUUACCUGAGUGCUGAUCUAGCAUUCAUGACAUUCACACUAAUUCCUGAUAAUUGCUGUGUUUAUCAUGGAAUUGUUACUUAUGAAUUAAAGGGUGAUGAGAUCAAAGUAGAGAGAUGAAUAGAGGUUGCUGCUGUCCUGACAAAACCCGGCAAAAACUAGCUUGCGGUUUUCUAAAAAAAGGAAAGGAAAGGAAAAAUGCUUGUAAGGAAAUUAAUUAAGUGAAAAUAAUAAUAAUAAUAAUAAUAGUAAUAAAAAGGCAAACUUUAUUUGCAGAAUGUAGAGUAAGCUAAACAUUUUUGAAACAAAGGAAUUAAUUGUAAAGAAUUUUAUUAACAAAAUGUUCUACAUUUCUAGGUUUUAAAUAAUAAUGCCCUUCUUGAGCUUGAUAUACUAAAACUCAUUAUCCACUAUAUUGCCGAAAGGUUUUGGGACAACCCUCCAAAUCAUUGUGUUCAGGUGUGGUUUUUCAGAGGUUGGGCUCCAGUAAAAGGAACUCUUAAUGUUUCAGCAUACCAAGACAUUUUGGAAAAUUUCAUGCUCCCAACUUUGUGGAACAGUUUGGGGAUGACCCCUUCCUGUUCCAACAUGACUGUACACCAGUGCACAAAGCAAGGCCCAUAAAGACAUGGUUGAGCGAGUUUGGUGAGGAACUUUGCCUGCCUACACAGUGUCCUAACUUCAGCCUGACAGAACACCUUUGGGAUGAAUUAGAGUGGAGACUGCAAGCCAGGCCUUCUCGUCCAACAUCAGUGCCUGGGUCGGGAGCCAGACCUUCUCAUCCAACAUCAGUGCCUGACUUCACAAAUGUGCUUCUAGAGGAAUGGUCAAAAAUUCCCAUAAAUACCUUUCUAAACUUUUUGGAAAGCAUUCCCAGUAGAGUUGAAGCUGUUAUAACUGCAAAGGGUGGGCCAACUCCAUAUUACAUUCAUGUGCAUGUAAAGGCAGACGUCCCAAAACCUUUGGCAAUAUAGUUUAUUUUAGUCUGAAGCCUUUGCACAUGGGAGCAGUGAGUGCCAUGCAUGCUUCCCCUUUGGCUGCAUCUUUACCCCACAGGGUGGUACUAUAGGUUCUCGGUAGAACACUCACGGUGCUGUGAUGUGGUACAGAUUCUUCUGUACCGAGUGCAUGACCGUGUCCAGCUGCUUGGCCGAAGGGAAAAGGGUCUCUGAGUUUAAUGUUUGUUAAUGUGUUCAGUACCAAAGAGGCCAGCUUUAACAAGGAGCCGGUGACAGCUGGCUCAAUUUAUCCUUCUCUGUGAGAUCUAGUUAACUCUUUCAUUACUAGCUGUAACGAUUCACUUUUUUUCAAAAUGAACAAUUUUACUAUCUGUGAAAUUAUAAUAAUUUGAACAAAUAGAUUUAGAUUUAUAGUUUUUAGACUACAUUUGGAUUUAUAGUUUUUUUUUUUUACUAAUGAAAAGCUUGAAAGUCUUGAUUGAUAACAUUUCUCAUGUAUAACUGUUCCUCUCUGAAACUGGCUCAUGACUAGGUUUCCCACCAGUUUUGGUAUUUAAGCAAUGUCUUUCACCUCACCCAUUGUCUAGCUUUUGUCUUUCAUUACUGUUAUGUCCCCUCGCCCAUGUAGGUCUUUCUGCCUCACAAUUCUAGUUCAUGUCUAUUCUUGUCAAAGUUUACAGUUUCUGUAUUAUUCGUGUUUUAUUAAAACACUAAAUCUUCACUUGCGUCUGCCUCCUCGACAAACCCCUGACAACUUAAUAAUUAAUAUGAACAAGCAAAAUUGUCUUCCAGUACAACGAGACAUUUUUAAGCUUACUAUAGAGAAAUAGUCUAGAAAUAGUAACAGGCUUAGUCGUAUUAUAUUUUUAUAUUUGAUAGACGUCUCAUUAUAUAUUUUUCUUGCCAUGAAGGCACCAUGAACUCUGCGCAAUCCAUUGGUUAUUUAAAAAUAUUCCCUUUCCCCAAAUAAGAGAGCUGAUUCCAUCAUCUGGGCUCUGUUUGGCACAGUUUCUAAGGCUCAAGAGAGUCAUAAAAGAUAUUAUUUUAUUGUAAUAUGCAUUACAAAUUACUUUCAUGGCCAUUACUUCAUGCUGUUUAUUCAGUUAUUCUUCAUGCCAUAUAUUUGUAAAGCUUUAUUCAGCCUGUCUGGAAAUGUGCUAUGGCCCAAAAGUAGUAUUGUAAAAGUACAUUGUAUAACUGUAACAUGUGUGAAUUGGUUGUGGUUUGGAAAGUCAUGCAGGGAACGGGACAAUAGAGAGGUUGUAUUCAGACAGCACUGGAGCGGAAAGAGUAGGUGGAUAUGGGGCGACUGCAUAAAAGAGUCAAGUGUAUUGAAAUGGGACUCUAAAGCGUUCAUUCAGGCGGUGUCAAGACUUAGCCUUUGGCAUCGUAAACCGUAGCUUUAAACUAAUCUCAAGAAAACAGCUUGAAGAGUUGGGAAAUGUUGUUCUAGCUCAACCCAUCUGUUCUGGUUUGUAGUGGGUGGAUAGUUUAAUAAAACCUCCUCAGGCCUCAGCUGAGGAAGAGCUGAAUAUCGGAUUAACAAAUUCAUAAACAACAUCCUGCUGUCCCUGUAAUGUUCUUUAUCUGUGAAAUUUCCACAGAACGAUACGCCCAGAUACAACACACUUAGAUAAACAGGGUUUAUUUUUCUUAUUGCUUCCCGAGCCAGAAUGACGAGCAAAUGCAAAAUAUGAAAUUUGUUAUGAAUUCCUGCUUUCAGGGAGUCUGUAUGGUUUCUGCUGGAGACAUCUGCUCACUAUCACCGUGUCUGCUUUCCAUUUUCACCCGAGAUCGCCGAUAGCUGCUGCCUGAUUUUUUUUUUUUUUCAAGCUAAAUGUGAAGUAGAGCAGAGGAAUUGGUGCAGAGGAAGAGCCGGCCAUGCUAUCCAUUAAGUACACUUCAUCCUGCCUUAUGAAGUAUCAUGCAUGUUAUGGCGAUACUCCCUGGUGGAUUGCACAGGGAAUGGAUUUCUGGCGGUCAGUGCCAAGCGUAAAAUUGGUCCAUUGUGUUUUUGAACUCGGUGAACUAUGGCCUAUAUGUAAGAAUGGCCUCUGUUCAGAGUGCCUUGAGAAAAAGGAAAUGUUAUCUGGAUAAUUUCACCCUUUUUCUGGAUAAUCUUUUACCUUAAAAUG